CCUAGGAUGAUUGCCCUGUUUUCAAGUUUUUCCAUUUUCCUUUUUGAUCUUUUUACUGGAAUUCCCAAUUUUUUUUUGAGUAGGCUGGCUCCCGUCGACGGAGGCCCGCGAAUAGAAAUCCGAACCGAGCGAGGGGCCGGGCUCGAAACCCGCCUACCGCGAUGGUGGAACCCGGAAUCGUGGGGGCAAAUGACAACGACAACCAUGCGGGGAUGGCCAAUCAUCCCCUGUACUUUGUACCUCCUCCCUCCGAAGUUCCCAUUUUUUCUGAGGAUGACACCGAUCCUCGCACCUGGCUGGCGGCCUUGAAAGCCCAGGGCUGGUCGGACCAGUUGCUCCGAGAACGAAUCCCCGGAAGGUUAGCCGGAACCGCUUUUGAGUGGUACGGACAAAACCCUUUCACUAAUUGGGCAGCCUUCCAGAGGAAAUUUCUCGAUAGAUUUGAUCACAUCGCACCAGGUCAAUGCCUCCGUUUAAUAAAGGAAUACACACAGCAGCCUCGGGAGACCUUGGCUAGAUAUGCUGAACGUUUUACGUACCUAGCCGAGCGCUCCUGGGUGGAUGAGAAGAUGGUACGGACUGAUUUCGUCAGAGGACUGUCAGAUUCUCGUCUGCGGAAAAAGAUCCGCAAGAAAUGCAACCCUAUAGAACAUACCCUGACGGAGCUAAUUCAGUACGCAAUUAAGUACAGGAAGGAAAAUUACGAUGUGGGUCUGGACUCGGAAUCCGAUGAAGAUGACCCUUCGGGUGUUCGGCGCAAUAGCUACUCCGCUACGGCACGUAUGUUCGAAGAUCGCUUCGGGUUGGGUCCAACAAAAAAAGGCUCGGAUCGGAAAGCUUCCUCCUCUGCUUCGACAUCCCGUCGCCGUAGUCAAACGCAAGGAGGCCGGGGCGAGGAAGAAGUAUUCAUGAAAGAGGUCGCGGCCCAAUUAGUUAUGGUAGUAGCCCCGUUGACAGAGUUUGUUCACGGUCUACAACGGCAACGCAUAGCCGCCGCACAAUGGCAACAGGCGGCUAUGGCUGUCGGAGCCCCUAUGAUAAGACCGGCCGUGGCCGGGGCUGUCCCACCCCUACGCUGUUAUAAUUGUAAUCAGCUAGGCCAUCUUGCGAAAGAUUUUCCGAAACCCCGAACUCAAGGCGGUCCUACCGGGCCUUCCCAAAUCCCACUGGCUGCUCCCACCGCUGCAGGACAGGGGAGGGUAGCCACGGUAAUGGAUACAGGAAUGACGGAGAUGGUGACCCCUGGGGCCACUAAGAUAGGACCCGAUGAGUAUAUGGCAGCAGUGAUGUUCGAACCCGAGACCAUCGGAGUGAUACGUCACGUCCAACGGAUUACCGAGGAAAGUGACCUCGGGCCGUGGCGACUAGGGUUCGAAGAUCAUGCGGUACCUGGUCUUGAAUACAAGGAUGGCCAUAUCGACGUAUUGGAUGCCUUGAAGGCUCUGGAUCUUCGGAUCCCCGUCCCUAUUCCAUAUCUGCUAACCCUUUCUGAAGCGGCUAACGAAAAGUUGAUCGAACGGUGCCUCAAAAACAGGCGCCGAUUCGAGGAAAGUCGAAAGGGCAAAAAGCCGGUCCUACGGGACCCACCCGCCAACGAGGAACCACAGCCCUCAACCUCAGAGGUGCAUGAAGCCAACCGGAUAGGGAUGAUCCAGACCAUAGAUUCCGCCUUGGAAAAACCCGAGCACGGGAACGACGGAAGGGAGCACGUCAUUGAGUAUGCGUCCAAGACGCUGAGCCAGGCGCAGRCUAAUUACGAAGCAUGCAAAGGUGAAUGUCUGGCGGUGGUGUGGGGGAUUCAGCACUUCCGACCGUAUCUAUACGGCCAGAAAUUCGUGCUGGUGACGGAUCAUCAGCCGCUGCUGUCCCUACGCAACAACACGGACUACACGGGGACGCUGGGCAGGUGGGCGGUGCGUUUGCAAGACUAUGACUUCGACAUCCGCCAUCGCGCCACGCGGCAGCAUGGUAACGCUGAUGGAUUAACGUGCCUCCUGCCGCCCAACAAGUGUCCCGCCAACGAGCGACUCAUUCCGUGGAGGCCAGAAGUCGCGGCGAUGAAACCACACUACAAGGAGCUAUACGUGCUGCGCGACUCGCUGUCAGAACUUACCAAAGCCGAACGGCGGAGAGUCAUGGAGCGGGCGCAAGACUAUCGCUGGCAGGGCCCGACAUUACAAAAACGGAAGGUCGAUGACGACAGAGAGUCUAGCUGGUUGACGGUUCCACACCCUCUUGCUAGGUUCGAUUGGACACGAGCUGCUCAUGAGGAGGAUGCGGUCCAUUUAGCGGUCAAGUACACGAAAAAAGCCAUCGAAAAGAACGGAUGGUACUGGUCGGGAAUUCGUGACGAUGUGAAAUACAUCGUUCAGAAUUGCCCGGCCUGCGCGGCGGACAAGGCGCCUGUACAGAUGCCUCGGACGAUGGUGCCCACUCGUGUAGAGUGCCCCUUUCAGAGGGUUAGCAUCGAUACGACGGACAUCAACGUUCCGAGAGGGCCUGUCGAUCAGGGAGAACUCAAUGUUCUUUUAGUGGCCGUCGAUCAUUUUUCAAAAUGGAUCGAGGCGUACCCUAUGACCAGCCGGAAUUCGCAGGAAGUAGCCUGGUACGUAAAUCGAUUUUUGUGCAUGCAUUUAGACGUAGAAGAAAUACACAUGGACAAUGGGUCGGAAUUUCAAGGCGAAGUAGAACGUCACCUAGUCAGGGUGGACGUUAAGAUUAUCUACUCGCCGGGGCAUUGGCCUCAAGCCAAUGGCCUGGUAGAGAAUGCCAACCGACUGAUUAAGACGGCCCUUAGACGGAAUAUCACUGCGGGAGAUACCCGACCCUGGCCGGUCAUUGUGGAUCACAUAUUGGCCGUUUAUCGGGCUACCCCACACGGUAGUACGGGGGUGUCCCCCUUUCAACAGAGCACCAAUAGUGUCCCUCGGGUGCAAUUGUCCCCCUUAGUGGGUACGGAAGUUAGAGCAACACGGGCCCAGAACCGAGACAAGGCCCGCCACUACCUGGACUUAAUGGCUAGGGCCUAUCCCCCGUUAGCUCGCCGUCGACAGCAGGCUGUAGAUCGGACGCAUCAACGGCAGAUCCGGGACUACGAGAACCGACACGCGUCGGUGGGACCACUGCCCCGCUAUAAAGUUGGGGACUUGGUACAGGUACGGAAAUCUGCGCGCUCCUCCAAGAUCCACCCGCGCUACAUAGGCAUUUACGAGGUCACGGAAGUUGACACACAGGGACAGCACUCCGUGAAGCUGAUUCCCCGUCACAACUCCCAAGCCCGUCCGCUGACACGGCACGCUGCCGCGCUCCGGCCCUUCCAGCCAUCGCUAGGUCCCCUACGGACCCCUGCUCCUACGCGAUCACCUUCUCCUUCUUCAUCCUCCUCCUCUUCUCGAUCUGCCUCGUCCAUUGGCGCUAUAGUUCCGGGGAGCAGGAUGAACCAUCGCCAGCCGGAGCAUGAGCCCCUCGAGCACUUCCAGACGCCGCUUGCAGAUCGCUUGUUGCGGCAUCGGUUUAACAAGGAGAGGCAGUUUCGGUACGACAUCCAACAAGUGAACGUGCCAGCGCCCGGGGUUGCUGAUCCGGCGGCAUACUCGUUGCUUUGCGAUCGGCUGACAUAUGCAGGGGUGUACGUGGACGUGACGCAGUUGCCUGGUCGGGAGACGACCCGGGUAUUCAUUGAGUUCCGUGCUCUCCAGGUGGCACCCAAUUUCGUGCAUAACGUCACCACCUUCAUUGAAGACUUGACGAUCCUCCCGCAGGAGAAUCGGGAGCCGACGCGCAGCUUUGUGCGCGAGUACGUGGUAGAAGCGGCCAGAUCAGUGGCCAGAGUGCAAGGACGGAGCGGGCACCGACUCACAGCCCACGAAGUGCUGCUGCGUAGGGCAGAGGACGGACCGAUCGCGCUGCUAACUGACGUGGAGCCGCUGCCAUUCGCCGACAAGGACGCGUGGGAGUUGCACCGUGCGCUGUACAAGUCGGUGGCGCUGGGGAUGUUCCGGUUCUUCGUGGAUCACGAAGACCACGCUACCUGUGAGCACUUCGUCAUUUACUACGUCAUCACGCGACCCAAGCCAGCGGAGAAGGAAGGGACGGUCGCGCUGUACCCAUUCGCCCAGCUCCAUACGAUCGAUCCGGGAUUUUUGGAGCUCAUACAUCUUGAGCUCCUCUCCAUCGCGCAAGUGAUCGCGAGCGAGGAGGAGGAGAUCCAACCGCGAUUGCGGACGGCGAUGGCCCCGCGGAGAACGUACAACGCGGUCGUCAUCCCGAAUCACAUUGCGCAGCGCGCGGAGAGAUUGGACGACUUCCAGGAGGAAAGGCCGUUGCGUCCUCCCUCAUCGUACUCUCAGCCAGCGCCACCGAAGGCCCCCAAGAAGACGCCGAAGAGGAAGAGACGCCACCCGUCGCCAGGAGCGCAAGGCAGCAGGAUCGGCGGCGGCGAGGAAGUGAUUCAGCCCGCGCGCGGCGACGCUCGUUAAGGAGACUAUCGUGCCAUCGCCGCCCAUUCCGCAUG